CAUUAUGUUCAACUUCAUGCCUGGGGUAAAGACUAUUUGGAGGAUUUCGUUUAUUCUGAGUCAACCAGCAAACACUAUUGUGAACUCUAGAAGAGAGGUUUAAUUUGGACUUGGUGCAUGCAUCAUGAAUGAAUCUGCCUCGAGUGCAAGUGGCCAAGAGUUUGAUGUAUUUAGUGUUAUGGACUGGAAGGAUGGCAUAGGUACACUGCCAGGAAGUGACCUGAAGUUCAGAGUGAAUGAGUUUGGUGCCCUGGAAGUCAUCACUGAUGAAACAGAGAUGGAAAGUGUUAAAAAGGCCACUGCUACCACAACCUGGAUGGUGCCAACUGCUCAAGAAGCCUUUUCAGAAAAGACUGGGAUUCCCCUGAAGUUGAAGGAAGCUACAAAAGUGGAUGGGCUUAUUUUCUGUGAAAACUGUUAUCACGAUGGUACCACAGAACAGUUUGUUCCUGAAGGGAAAUUUUGCAGCCAGAAAUGUGCACAUCACAUCAAAAACAAAGAACCAAAGGAGGAUAAAGAUGGUGUGGAAUGCAAUGAGGAAGAUGAUUCUAAAGGGACUAGGAAAAGAAAAACAAAAUUACCUCUGAAAGAAGAGUGCAAAGAAGAUGGAGAAGACAAAAAAGAGAAGGAUGAAACUGAGGAGAAGCAUGAAGGGAGGAUACUGAGAGUCUCUCAGAGAGCCAGAAGAAAAAGAAAAGGUGAUAUGGCCAUUUUAAAGCAACCUUUAUAUUCUAAAGGAAAGAAACCAUGGUGCUGGGCUUCAUAUUUGGAGGAAGAAAAGGCUAUAGCAGCACCUACUAAGCUUUUUAAAGAGUAUCAGUCCUUCCCAUAUGGCAAAAAUGGAUUCAAAGUAGGAAUGAAACUGGAAGGAGUGGAUCCUGAACACCAGUCAAUGUACUGCAUUCUCACUGUGGCUGAGGUUUUAGGCUACAGGAUACGCCUCCAUUUUGAUGAAUACUUGGAUUGUUACGACUUCUGGGUGAAUGCUGAUUCUUCAGACAUUCAUCCAGCUGGAUGGUGUGAGAAAACAGGUCACAAACUUCACCCACCAAAAGGAUAUGAAGAAGAGGAGUUUAACUGGCCCUCAUAUCUUAAAACAUGUAAGGCUCAAGCUGCUCCUAAAUCUUUGUUUGAAAACCAGAACACGACAGUUAUUCCAUCGGGAUUUCGAGUGGGAAUGAAGCUUGAAGCUGUAGACAAAAAAAAUCCGACAUUCAUCUGUGUUGCUACGGUAACAGACAUGGUGGACAAUCGUUUCCUGGUUCAUUUUGAUAACUGGGAUGAGAGCUAUGACUAUUGGUGUGAGGCAGCUAGCCCACACAUUCAUCCCAUUGGAUGGUGUAAAGAACAUAGAAGAACUCUCAUCACCCCUCCAGAUUAUCCACAUGCCAAACAUUUUUCUUGGGAAAAAUAUUUGGAAGAAACCAGUUCUUUACCUGCACCUGCAAGGGCUUUUAAAGUGAAACCAUCUCAUGGAUUUCAGAAAAAUAUGAAACUUGAGGUAGUUGACAAGAGGAAUCCAGUACUUAUCAGAGUAGCAACUGUUGUAGAUAUUGAUGACCACAGGAUAAAAGUGCACUUUGAUGGCUGGGAUAGUAUUUAUGAUUAUUGGACUGAUGCAGAUAGCCCUGAUAUCCAUCCCGCAGGCUGGUGUGCAAAAACUGGACACCCACUUCAGCCUCCUCUUAGUCCCUUGGAAUUAGUGGAAGCUUUAGAACAUGGAGGAUGCCCUACUGCAGGUUGCAAAGGAGUUGGACACAUAAAACGAGCAAGACACAUGGGCCAUCACAGCUGCCCGUAUUCUGACGUCAACUUGAACAAAGAACAAAUCUUACCAGAUCGUUUAAGUGGAGAGAUGCCGCUAGCCAGUCCAUCUGUCCCCAAGAACAGAAAGACAGAAGUAAAUGAAAGAUCAGCCUCUCCUGUAAUCAAUGACAGAAAAUGUCCUAGCCCUGGUCACACUGGCUCAAAAUCUUCAGCUCAUAAUCGAUCAUCUGGGAAAUCUGUGUCAGAGACGACAAAGCAGGAAGAUACAGAAAAUAAAUCUCCUUGCAAAGAGCUUCUAUUAUGUGAUGCCAAAGACAAGAAACCCUCUAGAGGAGGGCAGCAAGCUAAGGACUCUGCUAAGAAGGAAGAGUGUGAAGAAGAGGAGACAGAAAAUGAGCUGUCAACCUUAAAUGAAACUAGAGACAUAGAAGAACCCAGCAGCCAGAAGCCUCUUCCUCAGCCAGUUUUCUUGUCUUCCAAGUUCCAAAUCCCAUGCCUACCCUUGCGCUGGGAACAGCAAAGCAAGCUCCUUCCAAGUGUGGCUGGAAUCCCUGCCAGUAAAGUUUCCAAAUGGAGUACAGAUGAGGUUUCUGAAUUCAUACGGAGUUUACCAGGAUGUGAAGAACAUGGCAAGGUGUUCAAAGAUGAGCAAAUUGAUGGAGAAGCAUUUCUACUAAUGACCCAAGCAGACAUAGUCAAGAUAAUGAGCAUUAAACUGGGACCGGCCCUAAAAAUCUUCAAUUCCAUUCUGAUGUUCAAAGCCGCAGAGAAAAACUCACACAAUGAACUUUGAGAUGAAUGGAAAUUGUUUAGAAGCCAGUUUUCUCCACUGGAACUCAUGUUUUAUUCAAAGCACAAAGACUUGCUAGAAUUGUCAAGUAAGAACUCUAAGAAAGGAAGAAAAAUAAAUCAGCACUGGUGGACUAUUUAUACUCUGAGAGCCAGUACACCUGAACUCUUGUGGAAUAUGUUUGAGCUUUUAACAAGGUACUGUAUAAAAACUGCAUCAGCUAGUCUUAUUUGCCACAUUUAUGGCGCUAAUUCUCUCAUGAACUGUUAGUAUUUCUAAUUUUAUUCAGGUGUCAAUAAAACCUUCACUAAUUAUUUAUCCUAUAUUAAAAUAAGGAAAAUGUUAAUAUGAUCUAAGAAUUCCUGAAGUAUAUUUCACAUAUCCAUUUUCCUUUUCAGUAGCCUUUACUUCCUAUUAUCAAAACAAAACUGAUUAGCCAAAAAUUAGGCUACAAGUAGCCAGUUGAGACUGUUAUGGCUAAUGUUAAUUUUGUACCAUAGUUUAAAAUGCAAUGCUUAUGCUACAUAAGUAACACUUUGCUACAGUGUAUAACUUUACAGUUUAUAAAAUUGUCAACUUGCUAGGAACAAAAAAAUUUGGGGUUGAAAUUAGCUUUUUUUAUAACUGAAUGUUUUUACUUUUGCACGAUACAAAAAUGUUGAGUUUUUUCCACCAGCAUCUUUAGUGUAACUUACCAAACGACCAAUAAAGAGAUGGCUGCAACUGAAAAAUAAAGCUUAACUUCCAUAGAAUACCUUUGGUCAUGCUGCACCAUGGCACUCCCGUCUUUCUAUAUAAGGGAGCCCACUAUGUUAUACAGCACAUGAAGGAACAUAUAUAUAUUGAGGCAAGAAUAUAAACAAAAAGGGGAAACAUUUUCUAAAUCUUUAUAUGCUAAUCUCUAGUAGUUAUUGCAAUAAUGGAAAAGAAUGGAAUGCUGAGAUGGGACCUCAAAGGUUUCACACUCGUGAGCCCCUUGAAAGUCACCAUGAUUCAAGAAAAAUCUUUGCAGGCAGAGGAGUGAUUAAAGUGAGGAAGAAAAGGGAUAUUCAAAAGGAGUGUGACACUCACUAGUUAAGGCACAGAUUUCACCAGUUUGUUAGCAGGACUAAGGUGUCCUACAGCAAGCAUUUAAGUAAGAGACCCUUCUUGAAGGAUUGUUAUAAGCAUUUGGCAGGUAAGAUGUUGCACUCAGUAUAUAAAUCACAAUAUAGAACAGAUGCACUUUAAGAUAGAGAAGGCCUACCUACCUGAAAACUAAGGGCUGACCUGGAACAUUCCUGGUGAGAAUUCUCUUCACAGGAAGAGGGUGAUUAGUUGGAGAAGUUUUCCCCGUACAAUCUCUUAUUCCUGGUCUUUUGUGGCGGGGAGGGGGAAGAGAGAGAAUGUUCAGCUUUUUAAUGCAGAACAAAAAGAACAUUUCUGUCACACACAAGUCUGGGAAAAUCUUCCUGUCAUUUUUCCUAAUUUCUCUUUCUUGGGGUGGAAUUCCUUAAAGGUUUUCAAGAGCUCCGUGUGCCACUUGCAGAACAGUUAGGUGACUGGUACCUGCCAUAACUCCAAGUAAAACAUCUCCUUCCAUGGCAUUGCAUAAAUAAUAUUUUUACAUUUUGUUCAAAAUUUGUACACUUAAACUGCAAUCUUAUUGUAUCAACAAUACAAAAUAAAAUAUGAAUUGGAGAAGCUUAUGCUCACGUACUUCUCAAUACUCACAACUGAACUGUUCUGUAUGGCAGUGUGGAUGUUGUUAAAAUGAAAGCCUUAUUCAAUACAUUACAAAUGCUUUUUCCCCUGUUUUCUUUAUCUUUAAUAAAAGGUUAAAAGAAUUUUUAAUGGUGUUUGUGCCAUGAUAUUAAGCAGGCUGAGGUCUCUGUAUACCCAACCCUCAAUAUUGAACACUGUUUAAUGUUAGACAGUGAUUAGGAUCUAAAGAGUUAAUAAAUAUGCAGAAGCUGGCAUCUUGGCAUAGGAGAUGUUUGUUUUAAAAUUCUUAAAUGUUUUGAGCUUGUUGGCUUUCCAUGUUUCUCUUAAACUUUUAAUGUUUUUGCUUUUAAAAAAACUUACUUGUUUUAAAGAUUUUUUGUAUCUUUUAACUUCUUUUGGUGGGUGGGAGGGAUCUUUUAUUUUGAUGUUGGGUAAUUUUAAAGGUUCAAUGAAAAGGUGUUUCAGAAAAAGCAAAAGUGGUAAAAUGAAAGUGUUGAAGGUUAAAUUGCUAAAGCAAACUUUUACUUAACAACUUAGAUAACCCUCUUGUUAACAAAAUGCCAGCUUGAUUCAGGGCUGCUACUGCAUUAACUGUGAAUUAAAUCUCAGAGCACCAGAACCCAAACUUUUUGUAAUUGCUCUGUUUUUGAAAAAUUUUCCCCUUGCUUUUGCAGUGUUUUUUCCGGAUUUCGAUGUCAAUAUAAAAAAUAUUGCUGUUCUGUGCAUAUGAGACGGCAUAGUCCAACUCUUGGAGGUUAGAUGGCCAUGGUGUCCCCACAAAUGGUGGUGGUAAAAGAAUUGGACAGGAUCUGUCCAACUAAA